AUGACCUCCUGUCAAGAUCAACAAUUCUUGUUGUCCAUUGGAAUGGAACGAAGCAUACAGUUGAUUGGCCCAGAAAUUUCACAAUUGAGCCUUCAAACUCAAGGACCUGGUCUUGUGGAAAACACACAGGCUCAUGUGAGACUUGCUGGCAACAACACACAGGUCCAUCGACGUAUCAGAUCAUUUCGUGUGAGACGAGUCGGCGAGGAGAGGUUCGUUCUGGCUGGUCAAUCAUUGCAGUCUGCCAUAAUACACACCAGAAAGCUUGUCUCUGAUCUUACUGGAGUCAGUAUCAUGGCCCUUCAGCAUGCCAAGGAAGAGACCGAAAUACGCUGGGGUACAUGGCUGGUUACAAAAUUGAGCAAAACAAAUCCUUCAUGCCAUGCAGACUCGGGUCUGCGUCAAGUAGCUGAUAUCAAUCGAGCCAACUCCCAAACAACUGUGUGCGAUCACAUCAAGACGACAUCACACCAUGAUUUGGAUACGGCUUAUGUCGAAUCAACGCAUUCAGAAUGCAGCCGGACCCAUGAACACCGAUAUCAUGGUACAAUCGUUCAUCAUGAGUCAAUGCUUGGUGAUACCAGCGCUUCUGGGAUCGAUAUUGUAUCUGCUGGUCUCAAUAGUACUGUGUCUGGCCCUCAAUCCUUGAAACCCAAGGGAUCAGAAAAGAACGUUGAGGAAGCAUUGCUAUCUGCAAAAAGCCAACAGCACUUGGAGGCUGAGCCAGUAUUUUCAUCAACAAGGCGGAGUGAGGCUAAUAAUAGACGAGGUCCUGUCUCGAAGUCAACCAGGGCUAGACAAUCAUUCAGCUCUGCAAAUGCAAAACUUUACCGCGUGGAACGAUUAGAUGAUACCUGCUUCAAAUACAAUGGGAAGUGGGUGAAGUCUGCUACUGUACAGACAAUAAAGCCUUUGAGUAUUCUCAUCGGCUUUGAUGUCAGCAGCAUCCGAAGGGCUUUACGCAAGAAGGGCAUUUUGAAGGGUGUUGUCAACAAGGAUUGGAAAGUCAAAGAUCUAGGCAAGAAUCCUCACACGUACUUUGCCAUUCAGUACCUAUUCUAUUCGCUCCCCCUUACCAUGCCUCAACACAACGAUUCACACCAACAAAUCACCAUAAGUCAGGCCGACCUGGCCGCUGCUAUACAGCAGGCUGUACAGACAGCUUUACGACAAGCUGCACCGCCUCAGGUACCAUCUACACUAGGCCAGGGGUCGUAUAGCCCCAUGAUACCCGGCACGACCCAUAAUACCGCAAAUAAUGAUAAUACAGGUCCUUUUCAUAAUCGAUUUCCUCCCGCUCCUUCCAUUACCCACAGCCCGCAUAGCUAUGGGCAUACCCCCCCAGCAAUUAGUCGAAACACCAUCCAGAACUUUAACUCAAUCCACCCCUCCACCGCUUCGUCUUCGUCCCAGAACAUCCGACCGGGCUCUCCUUUCGCUUCCUAUCUCACCAGUGGCCGCAAAGGGAAAGCUCCGGCCCGCCAAACACAGAUUACACCUGGUCCUCCCGUCUCAAUUUGCAAAGAGAAGGAGACAAUUGUGUACUACCUCAAAUCCUCGGCUGUUAUUUCGGACCGGCUGACACUUCGCAAGGGUGCAGAGGCGGUCAAGGAGUGGUUAGCUGCUGAGGGUUUUGGGAAACCUCUCUGGAUAUCUGCAAACGCACAUGCCUCCGCUAUCGCCGCAACGGUUCAGGAGCUCUUCCGGCGUGAGGGUAUCAAUGAACAGUGGUGUUGGGCCAAGACCAAUCCUCACAGCCAUCGGUUCGAGCCUGCCACAUGCCGACCAUCGUCGAGCUCGUUCAACCAGGUAAAGGCCCUGUUUGAACGUUCUGGCUGCGCCUACAUCGUCGAUGGACAUGUCAACGAUCGAGAUUUCACCUACACCGCCCCGGACUAUACCCACCAGGAGGAAGUAGCCUCCCGGCAGUUCUACACGACCAUCCGAAACCUCCAAAACACUGCAUCGGGCAAGGACGAUGAGGACGAAGACGUUGAGGAUGAUGACGAUAUGUGGACCUGCAUCGCCUGUGGCAAGUCUGUCAAGAUGAUCUCCAAACGUCGUCAUACGGGUCACUGUCAACGUUACAAGAUUUACCGCACUGAACGGAACGGUCGAGACGGUCGAGAAUCACCAACACCGUCCGUUUUCACUGAAGCAUCCACUCCCCGGCUGGUACCGACCCCUCGUCUUGUCGAUGCCUUUCCAGAUGCUAUGCCGGUCCCCAGGGCUCAUCAGUCGGGUCCCUCUACAUCCAGCAGCACUGGUCGAACUUCAGGGAUGGCGGACAUGUCCCUCGAGACUGCCGGUUUCGUUGAUCGCGCUGAGCCACUGUUCUUCACUGACCAGGCUACACCAGCUCCAUCUCCCCUGGCGUCUACAGCUACACUCCAGACUCCUAGCAUGGAGGAUCUAGCCGGUCCCCUACAAGAGGAUCUCGCCGCAGUGCGGCAGAACCGAUGGAAUGAUCAAGCUGACGAAGGUUGGAGUGGAUUCGACCUUGACGGACGUCAGGCAUCUCUCGAACGAGAGCGGUCGAUCGACGCUGACGUCUUAGGUUUGAUCAACCUGUCCCAGGAUGAGCCGCCCAGAGGUAGCCAGCCUCGAGCUCACACCCCCGAGGACAGGCAGGCUGUCCAAAGCGCAAGAGACCGACCAGAUGACCGACCGGUCGGUGAGGUCGUCGGUGAGGUCGCUCGAACCGAACAUAGCCGUCCAGAUCGUUUGCCAAGUCCGAUUGAGGAGAGCCAACGGACUGUCAGGGAUAGCCCCUCUCCCGGACCCGCCACCCCUGCGCAGAGGAGUAUUCAGAACGCCUCUGGCAGGACAAUUGCGCAACCUCAAGAACGUUCCGUGACUCCCGAAAUCCAAUACGCGGGAGAGACAGGUCGGCCGAUAGCGGCAAAUCCCGCCCGACCACAACCUCUGGGGGGUAGACGACGUGCCAUAGAAGCCACCCUGAGAGAUAUGCAAGCACUGUUGCAAGGUCUUGAUGAGGGAAGUCGCGCUAGGGCGUUAUCGGCCAUCCAGCAGGGUGAUCCUCUGCUGGCUUCACGUCACAUCCGUAAUCGGUUCCGGUCGGGCAAUCUGGACAACCCAGAAGGAGAUGUCAAUGAUCCUGUACCGCCCUAUGCAAGAGAAGUCCGUAUUGGGGAAGUCCUUAUGCAAGCAGGGCCUCCCGAGGGAUUCGGUCUUGCAGCAGAAGCCGGGAUGACGCCUCCGAGGGAGAUCCCGCACCAAGUCGAGCCUGUCUCUGUCCCGGGCGUUCCUCCCCCGCAGGACGAACGUCCAGCUGCGUACUCAGACCGCAGUGGUCCGGUUCCUCCGUUGCCGCCUCCAGUCAGGCCUGCAGUUGAGCCUUCGGUCGAUCAACCUCCUCCUCCCUCUCUCCCUGCAAGGGGACGAGGCUAUCGCCGACGACGAUCGCCCAGACCUCAGGAGGGUCGCCCUCGUCCUGAGCCUGCCACUGAGCCUGCCACAUUGGCGAACAGGCGUGCAGCUGCGAUAAACAACAUUUGUAGGGGUCGGAGUGGACCGUCUGAGAGGGGGAGAGGGAAUCGUGCUGGAGAAGAGGGUGGUCCGAGGAUGCUGUCGGGCGUUGGUUGCCCCUUGAUCGUCCCAUGCGAAGUUCAUCGUCCUGCAGCGCAGGGGAACGUCUUGGCCGACCAUGUGCUUGUUCUUCAGUAUCGUAGCGCUUGGUCACGUUGGGUCGAUGAUGAGAGAUUAGGCGCACCCUGGAAGAAGUACUGCCCUUGUAAGCCGGGGAUUUGGGCGAGGGGUUCCGAGCGAAAGACAAUGGUCGGUGACAUUGGGGUGCAGGCUCGCGAAACCGUUGGUGUUGCCUUCACUCCCUCAACGACCGCCGCAAACUACACCGACGGCUUCGACCCGCAAUGCUUCUUGCUCGUCGAUGUCGAUGUCGAUCCUGCCCUCGUGGCAAUCUUCCAAGUUCUCGGCGAUCGCCACCAUUCGGUGGUCGGCCUCAACCUCGAUGGCGGCGGCAGCGGUCGACCCAGAGGGACCACGGCGGAGGUCCGCGCUCACGGCCGAAAACUCCUGAAUCCGCUCGGCCAACAUGUUGUUGGCUGGCUCUCCAAGAGCAGUGGCGGCCAUCGAGUUCAGGACUCCGAGACCCACCUCCAUCCCUCCGAUCGCUCGGUCGAGCCGGGCAGCCAAACCGUUCACCCACUCCUGGCUCAGCCCAGUUGUACUGGGACCUGCCGCGGGCGGGUCAACGUGCCUGGGCUCGUCGUUGAACGAGCACUUCGCACGAACCGCCACGCAGUGGGAGCAGGAGCGCUCCUUCUUGGAGUUUGGGUUUCUCCAGCAACCCCACCACGGUUCGUCCCCACCCUUCGAGGCUCCGAGGCUACGACAGGUGUCGCACCUCUCGUCUCCGAGAAACUCGACCGCACCGGGAUCUUCUUGGCGCCGUUUCGCCUUCUGAGAGAAGUCAUACAACAAAGAUCAGCUCCACCAACUCUUGACCGACCAGUCGGGGAGGAUCGGUCACUUACCGCGUGGUUCAGGAGCGUCCCCGCACUCGGCUCCUGCUUGACCUCGGGCUUGAUCUCAGCCUUGGCCUGGCCCCUACCACCCUUGGUGGAUGUCGCCCUACCUUUACCCUUGGUGGGCGUCGCGGCAGGGGACGAGGUGGCAGGCUUGGGCUUCCUGCGAGGAGACUUGGCCGGGGACGAGGCGGCCGAGGUGGCAGCGCGAUCUGCCCUGCCUCCCGUUGGUCGGGAUCGUCCGACCCUUGUCGAGCCUCACGUCUGGCUCGAGGAGAUGUCGCCGACCCAAGAGGGGCGAUCGGCCGGGUGCCCAAAGGGGAAGGACUCUCGGGACGCCGAGAGCGACGGCGCUGCAAAACGAACUGGAAAGAACAAGCGCAAGCAAGUGAAACAUGAACAUACCAUCCUCCCCAGCCAACUCCAUCUCGUCCAUCACCCCUCCAUCAUCAUGCCCCGCCCUGCCUGGCGUUGGCGUCCUGACGGCCAGAACGUCCUCCUCCAUCGGCACAUCGACGUCCUGUUCGAAGUCCUGUUGAGGCCCCUCCAUCCCGACAUCUUCGAGGUCCCUUUCGACAACGGGCUCCGCCUGUUCUUGCCCGUUACUCUCUAUAUAGCAAAGAAGCAAUGA